UAGAGGUUCAAGAAAGUAACAUUGCAGAUUAAGCGAACUUACUUUCCUGAUUGAUUUUUUUCGGGAAAAAUAUUAUUGUUUUCGUUGAACUCCAGAAACUUUUUAUAUUGCUUUUCCAGAUGGUGCUGGUUAAUUUUGCAAAGUGAUUGAAGUAGGAUGGCUUCUUCUUCUUCGUCCACUACUGUUGAAGUGAAGAAGCAUGAUGUAUUCCUCAGUUUCUGUGGUGUUGACACCCGCAACACUUUUACCAGCACUUUAUGUGGAAUUUUGAAGAGUAGAAGUAUAAAUGUUUUCAUUGAUGACGAACUUGAGAGAGGAGAACAUAUAUCUUCAUCUCUUAUAAAUGAAAUUUCAGAUUCCAUGAUUUCAGUUAUCAUUUUGUCGGAAGGUUAUGCAUCUUCAAGGUGGUAUCUGGAAGAACUUGUGAAGAUCUUGGAGUGCAGGGAUACGCAAAAACAAGGGGUAAUACCAGUUUUCUAUCAUAUCUAUCCAUCAGAUGUAAGGAAUCAAACUGGAAAUUUCGGAGAGGGAUUUAAAAAGCUUGUAGAAAGUUAUGAUAAGGAGAAGUUACAGAGGGUACAAAUGACAAAAGAACAAUUUAAAGAUAAGGUGCUGCAGUGGAAGAAUGCUUUGACAGAAGCAGCUAAUAUAUCCGGCCGAUCAACACAAGAGGACCCGUUCGAUUAUUAUCUUGCAAAUAAAGUUGUCCAAGAUAUUUGGAAGAAACUAAACAUCAUGAUCCCAACUAAUGAAUACAAAAAAUUGGUUGGAGUUGAAUCAACCAUCCGCCAUAUUGAAGAUUUAUUGUGCACAAGGUCGAGAAAUGUCCAUGCUAUAGGAAUUUGGGGAAUGCCUGGUAUAGGCUUCUUAUUUUGCUGA